AUUGGCAGUUUGGUGUUUUGCUGGCUUGCCAUUCCAAUGAUCCAGGCUGAUCUUGAUCAAUUCAGGUGCAUUCGCAACUCCAGCAAGCCAUGCAGAGACAACAAAAAGGCCAUGCCGGCAGAGAUCCCAGCUGAGCUGCUGGAGAAUCCAGCAGGUCAUGGCUGUACCAUGAUUAUAAGGCCAAUAGCUGGACAACUCUAUGCUCCUGCAGAUCAUGAGGUGUUCCAGCUGGUGCUGCAGAAGUUUGCAGAACAUGCCCAGCAUGCAUACAUUGUGCUUUGUCACCCUGAGGUGAACCAUGCCAGCUUCUGGGAAGUGUAUUCCCUGAUGCUGUGCCAGUUGGCAGCAGACAAUGAGGCAUUCCACAAGGAGAUUCUAGCAAAUGCAAUG